AUGUGGAAUAAUAGAAUUCAAAAAUGGCCAAAAGAUGCUCGAGAAGCCUUUACUGUGACUGGGAACGGCACUGAAGGUUCCGAUAAUGCAACAUUGGAUUUUCCGAAUGAUGUUUUCGUCGAUGAAAAAACAAAUGUUGUGUACAAUAUUGAAAUGAUAAAAAUACACUUGUAUUUAAUAUCAUUUAUCUUGUGGUGUUAUAAAGGAGAAUGUGCGCAACCAUAUUUUCCAUCUCAAAUUGUAUUUUCUCCUGAUAAUGGUGUAACAACAAUUGCAAUUGAUGAAAUAAAUCAAAGAGCUUAUCAAAAAAUCACUUUAAGUUCUUAUGCAAGUGAAACAUCUUUUGUUUUGAAAAAUUUUCCCUAUGCAACUCCUGAUUCACCACAAUCAAAAUAUUACGUUCAAUUAUUAGUAGAUUUUCCACCUCUCAAUUGUAUGUAUGGAACAUAUUGGAAAUAUGGUGGAAAUACAUUUAAUUCAUUUCCUUCAUAUUGGCUUAAUGGAAGUUCAUUUGAAAUUAAAAAUUAUAUGAAAUUUAAUUAUGGAAUGAUUCACUCAAAAGAUUCGUCUGUGAAUGAAGAUUAUUGGUAUUCAAAUGUAACAUGUAAAACUGAUAGUGGACAAACUUACCCAUGUGAAGAAAUUUAUUUUCAAAAAAAUACUCAAAUUCCUCUUCGAUCAACUCGAGUUGCACGUGGAGGAUGGGAUAUUAGACAAUUUACAACAUAUUACAAAACCAUAUCAGUGGGAAAACCAGAUGAUAAAUUAUUUGAUUCAAUACCAAAAAAUUGGUCUGUUGCUUGUCGAGAUGUUAUGCUUGGUCUUUUAUACUAUCCACAAACAUCAAAAAUAGAUUUAAAUCAAAGCUCAAAAAUUGAAGUGUGGCUUAUAACUCCACCACAUCGAAUAAAUGGAAAUGAUACUGUCCGCAUUCAAUGGAAAUCAAAAGAAUGUUAUAAUUGUUUUAAACUAUCACCAGAAGAAUUAUAUUUUAAUGGGGUAAAUUUUCAAGAAAGACAAAUAUUGACAAUAACUCGUGUUAAAAAUGGACCCAAAACAACUCUUGUUCCAAUUUUUAAUGGUGGAGAAUAUAUUCAACCAUAUUUUCCACCUCAAGUUGUAUUUUCUCCUAAUAAUGGUAAAACAAUAUUUGCAAUUGAUGAAAUAAAUCAACAAGCUUAUAAAACAAUUGCUUUAAAUAAUUCAUCAAGAGAAACUUCCUAUAUUAUGGAACAUUUUUCAUAUUCAAUUCCUGAUUCUCCUCAAUCAAAGUAUUAUGUUCAAUUAGUAAUUGAUGAUCCAAUAAAUAAAUGCAUGUAUGGAAAAUAUUGGAAAUAUGGUGGAAAUAAUUUUUAUACAUUUUCAUCACAUUGA